AGAAAAGAAAUAUGCUUGAUAUUUAUAAUCAUUAUAAACUAUUAUGUGAUAUUCUGAUUUGAAGUACAUAGUAAGAUAUGGUUUCUAAUCUUUUUUAUAUUAAUAAUGUUAAGAUUGAAUAUCUUAAGGUGAUAAAAGUUGAAUGAAUGACAAUGAGAUGAAGAAUCAUGAAAGAGAGAGGAUUAAUUUAAGUAGUAAGAGUAUCUAAUAUAAUGAAAUAUAUAGAUAUUAAAAAAUAAGUAAAAUAACAAUAAAUUCGUUUUUUGAAUUAAGGAUGAAGUAAUGA